AUGUUGCCCACUUUAGAAGAAGCACUUCACAGCCGCGAAACUCUCCGUGUUCACCACAUCGCGGCAAUCGAUGCGGAAGUUGUGAAAGAAGGCUACAACAAUGAUAACAGGUCCGGUCUUCCGAUAGCUUUCUAUGGGUAUGACUUGCGGGAACUGUGGUAUAAGUUGAUCCAGGGUGCAAAAAUCACGGACGCCAAACACCCCGCUCAAGACCGGCUGGCAGCCGAAGUUUUGCACGCCCGUGAAAUGGGUACGCUGACUCGCAGGAUUGUGGCCCCAGUCAUAGAGUCACACGAAGAAGGGGCAAGCCAAUGGAUUGAGGAAGAAGCGUUGACAUCUGACGGCAAGAUUUGGGGUGAUCUGCCCUUUUUCGUCGAACAGAUAUACGAGCAUUGGAAAACGGCCCUGGAACUACCGGUACGCCAACGCAGGAAUCUUAGCGCUUUUAUAGCUCGCCUCGCUUCCUGGGGCGCCCGGGAUCCUGCCUUGUGCUUGUGUGCUAUUUGGAUUUUACGAGAUGCGCUGGAGACCCCGAGACCAUUGGCUUCAACGGCUGCAGACUCACAUAAUCACCAAACACCAAUUGCAGACAUGGUACCAGCAGCCGUGGUGUGGUUUGAGCUAUGUGCCCACAAGAUUGAAAGUCUUUGUCUUACAAAUCAUGAUUUUGAUGAUUCGACCAUUGGUAGCCUUGCAAAGGACCAUGGUGUUCACCCAGCAACCGGAUUCAGCAUCUCGCGCUGGCACUUCUGGAAAAGACGCUUGGAUGAGCUGAGCAGCUCCGACCAUGAAGAGACGGCAGCCUUUGCUCUUCGGGGUGCAAAUUGUAUGAAGUUCUGGGGCGAGAGGAUCUCGAACCUUGAAGAAGGGCUAAUCUGCCCAAUAGCCCUCAGAGAAGGAUAA